UCGACUUUAGUAUGCAAUGUAGUUUGGAUAUCCAUGUGACACUGACUUCGUAUUAAACAGAAAAUAUCCCUUGCAUUAAACGAUAAGUCAUAUGCUGUUACAACAUAAGAGCCAUGGGAAAAAAAGGGAAGAAAGAAAACAAAGUGAAGGGAGCAGAGAAGACAGCCGCCAAAAUGGAGAAAAAGGUUUCUAAAAGGUCCAAACGAGAGGAGGAGGAUUUGGAGGCCCUCAUUGCUGAGUUUCAGAACCUGGAUGCAAAGAAGACUCAAGUUGUAGAGACAAAAUGUCCUCCACCAUCACCAAGAUUAAAUGCAUCUUUUUCUGCCCAUCCUGAGAAAGAUGAACUAAUCUUGUUUGGAGGAGAAUUUUAUAAUGGAAAAAAGACAUACAUGUACAAUGAUCUGUUUUUCUACAACAUCAAGAAAAAAAGCUGGGUGAAAUCAGAAAUUCCAAACCCUCCUCCACCACGGUGCUCACACCAGGCAGUGGUAGUACCCCAGAGUGGGGGUCAGCUUUGGGUGUUUGGGGGAGAGUUUGGCUCUCCAAAUGGGGAACAGUUCUACCACUACAAGGAUCUGUGGGUGCUGCACCUUGCCACAUACGCCUGGGAGAACAUUAAGUCACCUGGUGGUCCAUCAGGUCGCAGUGGCCACAGGAUGGUGGUUUGUAAGAAUCAAUUACUUGUGUUUGGAGGAUUCCAUGAGAGCACCAGGGAUUUUAUCUACUUCAAUGAUGUCCACUCUUUUUCUUUGGACACUUUCACUUGGUCACGCCUCAGUCCAUCAGGCUCUGCUCCCUCCCCACGAUCGGCUUGUCAGAUGACCUCCAUGCCUGAUGGCUCAGGUGUUGUUAUCUACGGGGGAUAUUCUAAAGUGAGAGUCAAAAAGGAUGUAGAGAAGGGGACCAUCCAUUCAGACAUGUUUCUUCUGAAGCGCGAGGGUAAAGAUGGCCAAGAAAAGUGGUCUUGGUUAAGAGUAAACCCAUCUGGCAACAAGCCCCCUCCUCGCUCUGGAUUUUCAUUGGCGGUUGGACCAGCAGGGCGAACGGUGCUGUUUGGAGGGGUUUGUGAUGAGGAAGAGGAGGAAUCUCUAGAGGGUGACUUCUACAAUGAUCUCCACCUGUAUGACACAGUGAAGAACCGCUGGUACCAAGGCUUACUCAGACCCAACAAGACAGAAAAAAAGAAAAGACGGAGGGGGAAGAAGGAUGGAGCAGAAGCAGAAGGAGAAGAGGAGGAGGAAGCCGAGAAAUUUGAAGCACCCACAGAGAUUGUCAAGGAGAUCGUGACAGAGGAUGGUACCGUGAUGACCAUCAAGGAAGUGGUCCCUGGAAUUCAAGAAGAGAAGCAGGAGGAUGAGGAAGAGGAGGAGGGGGAUAAUGACUCAGCAUCAGCUGCCCUGGUGGAACCAUGCCCAAGGUCCAGCGCCAUGACAACGACGCGUCAGGGAAAGCUUUUCCUGUAUGGGGGUAUGUUUGAGGUUGGAGACCGCCAGUUUACACUGAAUGACCUCUACUGUCUGGACCUUCAUAAGAUGGACCAGUGGGAGGUUCUUGUUGAAAUGGACCCAAAGACACAAGAGUGGCUGGAGGAGUCUGAGUCAGAGGAUGAUGAGGAAGAAAAGGCACAGGGAGCAGUGAAAGAGGAGGAGUCUGAGGAGGAAAGCGAGGAUGAAGAAGAUGAAGAAGACCACCCUGAAGUGAAGAGUGGAGAAACUGUGACUGACUAUCAGAUUCGCACUGAGGGGUACUGGAUGGGCCUGGCUCGUACCAACAUGGGCCCAGAUGCCAAGGAAAAAAAGGUUGCCAAGGUUGCCCUAGCUAUGGCCAAAGUCUUCUAUGAAGACCAGUAGUGCAAUUUACAAUUCUUUGAAUGACUGACUGUACUGUUUGUGUGUAAAGUAUUUUACUUCAGGUAAUUCCUCAAUGCAAGUUAAACUUAAAAGUGAAAAACAAGACAAACCUUUUCAAUUAAAACUCACAAUUCUGAUGAUAGUCUGUAUUUUUUAUGAAUGCAGAUUGACAGUUUUAACAGGAAUGACAACAUUUUAAUAAGUUUUGAUGAGAAAUCCGUCUGUCAGUAAAUACUAGUGACAUUCAGCAAACAGCUACUGAUCUCAAAAAGCUUAUCUUGCUGGUGUUGCACUAAAUAGUUGUUAAUAAGUGGGUAAAGUUUAAAUAAGUGCCCCUCUUAAAACUGAAAUGUUGCUUGUGCUUCAUCCUGUCUAGAUCUAAGAAUGAAGACAAACUGGUAGUUAUACCAGUCAUAUAAACUCUUUAUUGUUUCACAUGUUGUUCUUAUUGUUAUGGAUAGGUUUGGGGUCUUUUUUUCCCCUGAAACUAUAAGCUGGUAUUAAACAGAGAUGCAGCAGCUGUGUGUAAAUAUAUUGUCGGGUAAAGCCUGGGAAAUAAAGACUACAAAUCCCAGCGACACAUGUCGGUGUUGGGAGACGUCACUCCGGUCUGUGUUUGAAAACCGGUUGAUUGUGAAAUUGGGGACACCUGUACAGAGAGCAGUGGGGAUUCGUAGCAGCUGCAGAGCCAUGAUAUAGAGACGCCGUAAAGAACUACUUCCCUCUUACAUCUGAUGGACAAACGUGAAGUGGGUAGUUCAGCUGGCACCAUGCUCGCUUAGUUGCAUGAGUUUAGCCACCGUUUCCACUCUCUCUCCACCACAACACAACAAAACUUGAACGAAUCCAACCAGACAUAACAGGGCUGGCAGCUCGUGGAAGCCAAAGACUGUGUUUGUCGGGUUCCGAGGAAGGACGCUGUGGGCGAGGUCCAGACUUCACACCAGGUGCACACAGCUGCCAUUUAUUCGCCUCUGGUUUAUUGCUCAGCUCAUGGUUGUGUUUUUCAUGUUUGGAUGCAGUGACCACAACUCCCUUAAUUGGAGUUGUCUAAGUUGCAUUCAUAAAAUCAUAAAGUUGUUUUAACACAUGCUGUUGCUUAACACUUGUUUUCUUAAUGUCCUUACAACAACCCUUAACCUAUCAAUGUAACUGAACAAGAGACACACAGGCAUAUGAUAGCUAUAGGAUCGAUAAACACAUAACUAGCAGUCCAAUCUUGAUUCAAGCUGUGGAUGUCUAGCUGUUUCUCAAAGCCAAGGAAGGAUCCUCAAAUGGCCGUUUUUGAAGGAUACUAUGCCAUCGACUAUCGGAGGACUGUUCCAAUGUUGAGGAUUCUCGAAAUUUUUCCAAGGACUGAGUCUUUCAAACAGAGAAUUUCCAAGGAUGCAGAUGUGUAUCCUCCGCUCGCAGGAAUUACCCACAGUCCAAUGUGCAUUGUUUUGAGAAAGCCAGGUCCAGGCCCUUUAAAUGUCCAGUCUCCACCAUAAAUAAGCCGUCAUUAUUAUUUAUCAACAUUAAAGCUGGACGGGUUAAAGUACCGCUAUAUGAUAUGAUUAUAUUACAUAAAUAUAUGAUUACAUUAAAAGAUCAAUAUGUUUAUAUGAUCAUAUUAUUAUAUAUAUUAUGAUUAUAUGAUAAGAAAACUGCUGACUUGUAGGAUUCCCUUGAAUUCUUUGCACUGCUGUUCACUGAAACGGCUCCCUUUGAACUAGAGGGAGAGUGCAGCGAGACCUGUUGUCUGGCUUGGGGUGACUGUGGUGCAGAUGGUAGAGUCAGUCAUCUUGCAAUUCUUGGGUUUGAUCCCCAGCUCCUAAAGUCACAUGUGUGUCUUUGGACAAGUGACUUAAUCCAAAUUUGCUUCCACGGUGGCGUGUAAACAUGUGUGGAUGCAUAUAAAUGGGAUAAGCUAAUGUUGAUGGCCAGUUCUUCACAGCAUACUCUGUCUUCAGUAUGUGAAUGGAUGUAAAUGGGUAGGUGUGACCUGCAGUAGUCAGAUGACAAGAAAAGCGCUGUACAAGCUCAAAUCAAUUUACUAUUUGUUUUGAAAGUGUGGACUGGACCAACCAUGAGUCAGGAUAAGCAAAGACUGAGUUUCCUGGUCAUCAACUAAACACAUGUUAGACUGCACCACCAAAGCAUACAUGAAAGAAUUACUGGCAUUGGGACAGUGAAUAUCAAGUGGGAUUGUUGAAAAAACACCUGCAUAUGCUGCUAAAUUGAAAGCCUUAGCAAUGCAACACCACAGCUGAAUAUUUAUGAUGCUUGACCAGGUCAAGCACUUGAAAGGAAAACUGAAUUGGAAAGAAUGUGCAAAUGAAGUACCACUUGUGGGGGUAAAAAAAGAGGAAAAUUUAACUUAUUGAAUAAUAAUUUGUUUUAAUGGUUUAAAUUUGACCUUUUAUAGUUACAAUGAAGACUGUUUCCAAGUAGCUUAAUAUAAAUAACAAAUAACCUAAUGAACAUAUUGUCCCAUAACACUGUCUUUACAGAAAUGUUUUGUCUCCAUCUGAAGGACACUGUAGGAAUUGCAGUCAUUCACAAAAGUUGAACAAUGGUAACAGAUUGUUUCAGCAUCUGUAAGUAUUACAUUUCCUUUUAAAAGGAAUAACAAAUGUACAUAGUUUUGUUUUCUACUUGAACAUUUUGGGAACUACCUUCUCAGAAAGAAGACCACAAUAUUUUCAAUCCAUCACAGGCCUUAAUGUCAAAAUUUAGGGACAUCAAGGGUAGAAAAAUACACAUCCAUCCUACGUUUUAAACCUUGAUUCACAUACUAACAUAAAAGAAACAAAAAUAUGCAUUUAAUGCUUAAAUUCACUGAAGCCUGUUUUGACAUGAAAACCAACUAUUCUUAAAAUACUGCAACUCUUUCUUUUACAACCUUAACAUAGCUAUUCCAGUGCAAACAAUGAUGCCAGAAAAAAAGAAGGGGCUGGCUAAAGCAACUGACUAUAACUGUAACAAGUUCAAAAACUUCUCAGUCAGCUCCAAAGGCUUAUAGCCAGGCAGAGGAAGCUAGUAUUAGCUAGGAGGCAAGUAUUUGUAGUACUGAUCUAACUUAAAUGCAUAGAUAUCAAAUCAGACAUUAGCAGGGCCUAUUCACUAGGCCUUUCAGGGCGCAGCAAUCUCUGUUGAGGACCAGGACAGAGAGCAGAGGAAGUACAGCCAGAAAAAAGAAGGCAGAUGAGAAAAAGAGCAUCACAAGGAAUGAAAGAGGUAGAGGUAUGAGGGAUGCAGAAGAGGAGGGAGUAUGAGUGCAUGUGAGGGAAGACAUCACUCAUUGUGCAAGCUCAAGCCUAUCCCUCUGUGAC